AUGGGCCCAUUUUACAACACAUUGCUUACCGUACCACAGUGUAAGCGAGGAACUCUCAAAGUAGAGGACACUGGUUCAUCUGCCAUUCCGUUGGGCCCUACGCUGUCAACAAUGAACGCACUGCUGGACCCAGCUUGGCCGGCCUUGACCAGCAAUGGAAAACUUUUCCAGGAUCGACCAGCCUUGCAGCAUCAGCAGAGCCCCAAUGUGUUGGUCCCACGGAAAUAUCUCUCCGGCCUUCUUGAAGAGCUCAUCUACCGCCGCGACUCGCAUUAG